AUGCCAGACCACGGCAAUGGGAUGUUGAAUCCCAACGACGUGACCAUUGAUAUUCCUCUGACAGAGACGACUUCCCGUGGUCAAACAGGCGCCCGUAAAUGGAACACCAAUACCAGCCCCCGGGACGGCACCUCGCAGACCACAGAGAAGGCACCUAUCGUUGGCCACCAUCAUCGUGGUCCUGGCGGCAGGCGUCGCACAGAUACAGAUAUCAAUGAAUUGUCCGGAAAGCCUGCUGAGUCGCCCGACGACGGCACUAUGAACCGCAUGGGCCGUGUCUACCAAGCUGUCCUGAAUUACUCCCUCAUCACUCGUUACCUGAUUUAUGUUUUUCCCAUUGCGAUUUUGAUCGCGAUUCCGAUCAUUGUGGGCGCUACGGUUGCGACGAACGCCGAAAUUGGUGGUGUUCAUCUUUACUGGUUCUUUACUUGGAUUGAGAUCAUCUGGUGCAGUCUGUGGGCGUCCAAGAUCUUCGCCCGUUACAUUCCUUAUUUCUUCCAGUUUUUGUGUGGUAUCGUCAGCUCCGGUACCCGCAAGUAUGCGCUUAUUCUGCGCGCCCUCGAGACCCCCAUUGCGCUUUUGAUCUGGGCUAUUAUCUCCCUCGUGACCUUCCUGCCGGUUAUGACCUUGACUCCUGGUAAGAAGGACUCCGGCGACACGGGCGUCAAGGCGUGGGAAAAGAGUGUCAAGAAUAUUUUGUUUGCGCUGCUCGUCUGCAGCAUCAUCUACCUGGCCGAGAAAGCUCUUGUGCAGCUCAUCUCGAUCAGUUACCACCGUAAGCAGUUCGACGCCAAGAUCCAGGUCUCCAAGCGCAAUGUACACUUGGUCACUCUCCUCUUCGAGGCUUCGCGCAAUAUGUUCCCUGUCUACUGCGCUGAAUUCAAAGAGGAGGACUCGCUCAUUUUCGAUUCCAUCCUGGCUCAGGCUGGCACCAACGGUGGAAAGCGGUCAUCCGCUAUGCCCCUCCGCAUGAUCCGUCAUGUCGGCAAGAACGUCGGCCGUGUUGGCGACAAGGUCACCGCCGCUUUUGGACACGUUGCGUCGGAGCUUACUGGUAAGCAAGUGUUCAACCCGACUGCAACGCACACCAUGGUUAUCGAUGCCCUUGAGCGCAAGCGUCAUGCUGCUGCGCUGGCCCGCCGUAUCUGGAUGUCGUUUGUGGUCGAGGGCCGUGAAUCUCUAUUCAUGGAUGACAUCGUUGAGGUCCUGGGUGCUGAACACGAGGCUGAGGCCGAGGAGUGCUUCAUGGCUCUUGACAGGGAUGGAAACGGUGAUAUCAGUCUUGACGAGAUGGUCCUGACCAUCACCGAGUUUGGACGCAUGAGAAAGGCCUUGAACCACAGCAUGCACGAUGUCGACCAGGCUAUUCGUGUGCUGGAUAACCUGCUCAUGUGUGUCGCCGGUCUGGUUGGUGUUCUUGUCUUCAUUUCUUUCGUCACCACUGGAUUCGGUACGGUCAUUGCGGCUGGUGCCACCUCGCUGCUCUCCCUCAGUUUCGUCUUCUCCGUUACCGCCCAAGAAGUCCUCGGUUCCUGCAUCUUCCUCUUCGUCAAGCAUCCCUUCGAUAUCGGUGACCGUGUCGAGGUCAGCGACAAGCCUUUCGUCGUUGAGCGUAUUUCGCUUCUUUUCACUGUCUUCCGCAAUGUUACCGAUGCCCGCAUCACGCAGGUUCCUAACAACAUUCUGAACAGUCUCUGGGUUGACAACUUCACUCGCGCCAAUGCUAUGCAUGAACAGCUUAUCAUCCCCGUUGCCUUCGAUACUAGCUUUGCCGAGGUUCAAUUGCUGCGCCAGGAGAUGGAGAACUUCGUUCGCGACAAGGAUAACUGCCGUGACUUCCAGCCGGAUAUUGAUAUCGAGCUCGAUGGCGUUGGUGAUAUGGACAAGCUCCAGCUGCGUGUUGACAUCCGUCACAAGUCUAACUGGUCUAACGAGACUAUACGCGCUGCCCGCCGAUCCAAGUUCCUGUGUGCUUUGGUCCUAGCCGUCCGCAAGAUCCAGGUUCGCGGUCCAGGUGUUGAACCUCCCGCAGAAGAGGGUGCCGACGGUGAUAGCAAGGGUGAUGAUGCCGGUGCCGGUGCAGGCGCAGGUCGCCGCAAGUCUACUCAAGGUGGCGGUGCCGACUCCUCCAAACCCGACCCUGGUGUCGCCGCUGCCGCCGCAGGUAUCCUCAACUACGAGAACACAGCCCAGUCGACAGGAUACGACCAGGCCCGUUCGGGAACAGUUACUCACCGCGGCUCCACCCAGACCAACGCCGAGCGCGAAGCUGCCAUCGUCGAAAUGCUCAACGCCCGCUCCCCAACCGUUGAUGCUGGCCGCGACAACUACGACAGCCACGAUAACGCCCUCCACCGCACUGCUACCAACACCUCCACCAACCAAGGCAACCAGCUAAACGUGCACAACGGAAGCGAAGGCCUCAACCGCGGCCUAUCAACCGGCCACCGCAAGCUCGGCGAUCGCGUCUCCUACCACGAGCAGGAAACCCACUCCAUGCCCAGAAACGGCCCUCUCUCCCCCGUCCCCGCCGGCAUGACCCCGUCCUCAAGCCAAGUUCCCAUCCUCGAGACCCCCAAGCCCGGCUCCCGUAGCAGCGCCCGCUACGAGCCCCGUCCUCGCUCAGGCCAGGACCAAGACCAGAGCACCGUCCAGAUGGUGGGAUCCCCCGACCCAAACCCCUUCAACGGCUACUACUCCCACGACACGGGGUACAAUGAGAUCCCAGCCGGCGGCUACAGCGCCGAGAACACUCCGGCACGCGAACGCCGCGGUUCGAACCCGGAUAUCUCCGGCGUGACGGCGUCCAGUAAUUACCAGCUCUCGGAUCGAUAUGACCCCGUCUCCCCGCCGUCUAUCUACUCCCCGCCCCAGCCGGGGCCCCCACAGCAGGCUACGGCAUACAACACUCCUCCGCUGAGGAAGAAUAAGUCUCCUUAUGGGGAGCAUGAGGUUUGA